AUGGCCAUGCAAGCAUCGAUAACCCACUGGACCACCCUCGUGGUCCUGGUCUGUGCCAGCCUCAUCCAUGCCCACUCGGUCAUCACAUACCCCGGGUACCGAGGAAACAAUCUGCACACCAACGGCACAGUCGCAGAAACAAACGGUCUGGGAGUAGCCUAUGAUCCCAAAAAUGGCUCAUACAUCUUCCCCUAUGGCAUGGAAUGGAUCUACCCAUGCGGAGGCAUGCCCACCUCCACGAACCGCACGAAAUGGCCUAUCCGCGGCGGCGCUCUCGCUGUUCAACCGGGCUGGUUCCCGGGCCACGCGACCGCCCUCAUCUAUGUGAACCUCGGUUUCGGCGAGACUCCAGAGAACAUGAGCCACCCCGUCGUCCCCCCGUUCCUGAUCACUGGCCCGUCCAACAACCCCUACCCCGGUACCUUCUGUCUUCCUCAGGUGCCCUUGCCGGCUAACAUCAGCGUCAAUGUUGGUGACAAGGCAACUAUCCAGGUUGUGGAGACGGCUAAACACGGUGCGGGCUUGUAUAACUGUGUCGACAUCAUCUUCGCCGAGGUCGACGACCCCGAAAUCGAAGAAGUCACCCGUGACAACUGCUUCAACUCGAGCGACAUUUCCUUCCAGUACAUGUACACCACGGCCCCGAUCGGGUCUGGUGCUGCGAUGCUGAAACCGCCGCAGAACACGCUGCUUGCUCUUGCGCCGAUUCUGAUUGCCGUUGCCUUUGGCGCGUUGAUGUAA